UUCACUCUUUUUGUUCUUGAGUUUAGGGUUUUUGGGCAGCGCUCCUCUUCUCUCUUCUCCUCUCUCGAUCCAAGCGACGAUUCCAGCUCGAUCGGAUCGAUUCGAUCAAUGGCGCCAUUGUUCUGGGCAAGAAUCCUGGGAUUCUUGGCGCGCAUCGGCUGAAUCGAGCGGUAUUUCGGGGGAGAUUUGCGUAGAUGCGAGCGAUGUGCACGAUGGCGCUUGGCAAGAGCGGUGGUGGGAGUGGCGGAGCAUCGGCGGAGGAGCUGGACAGGAUCAAGGGGCCGUGGAGCCCCGAGGAGGACGCGGCGCUCCAGAAGCUGGUGGACAAGUAUGGCGCGAGGAAUUGGUCGCUCAUCAGCAAGGGGAUUGCUGGGCGAUCGGGCAAAUCGUGCCGGCUGCGGUGGUGCAACCAGCUGAGCCCCCAGGUGGAGCACCGCCCCUUCACCGCCGCCGAGGACGCCACCAUCAUCAAGGCGCAUUCGCAGCACGGGAACAAGUGGGCGACCAUCGCGCGCCUCUUGCCCGGAAGAACAGACAACGCGAUCAAGAACCACUGGAACUCCACUCUCCGGCGGCGCUGCUGUGCCAGUGGCGGUGGUAGCGGUGGCGAGAAGAGCCACGCUACCGCCACCGCCACCGCCGGCAUGGAGCACGAGAACGCCAAUCAUCGCCAGCACCACCAGAUCCACCAGUUCGUCAAGAACAGCGACGAGGAGGAGAUCUCGAGCUUCAAGCGCAGCAGCAAUGACAUGUCCAACGACGACGAGGAUGGCAGCAAUUGGGAGGUGGAUUCGCGGAGCUUGAAAAGGAUGAAUUUUGGGGACGCGCUGUCGCCCAAGAACACGACCACGAGCACCACCACCACCGCCACCGCCGCCACCACCACCACCACCGCCGCCGCUGCCGCCAAUGGGAUCUUCAAGCCCCUGCCCCGCGCGUCCGCGUUUGCCAGCUACAAUCCAUGCGAGGAAUCCAGCUCCAACACCGGCGGCGCGGCGGAUCCACUCACAUCGCUCAGCCUUUCUCUCCCGGGGCAAAUCCCAGCGGCGACCAUGGAAUCGAGCAAGCCUGGAGCUCCAGCUCCUCCUCCGCCGCCGCCGCCAAGCACUCCUCCUCCUUCCUCCUUCCAGAAUGCCGCCCCGGCGUUCGUGCCCAGCGGCUACGUCCGGGCCGAGGACGCGGUGGAAUUGAUGAGCGCCGCGAUCCGGGCGGCGGUGGCGCAAGCGCUCGCGCCGAUCUUCCAGCCCCGGCAAGGGCGAUUGGAUGGAGGAUUGGAUGGAGGAGCUCCUUCUCCUCCUCCUGGCAAUGGUGGCAACAAUGGGCUCUUGGGGAUGAUGAAGGACAUGGUAGCCAAGGAGGUCCAGCGCUACAUGGCGGCCGCUGCCGCCGCCGCUAGCGGUGGCGGCGCUGGAUCGCCGCUGGCGGCGGGAGUAGCGGCGGCGGCGGCCUCCUCGCCGCCGCUCUCGUCUUGCUCCUCCGGAUCGUCGCCCACCGCGGUGGCGGCGGCGCUGGCGGCCGGGAAAUUUGGAUUGUUUGAUCCGCGAGCAUCGCAGCUCCAGCGCCAUCACCAGCAGCACGAUUUCUUUGGCGGUGGAUCGAUCCACCCGCAUCAACACCACCACCACCACCACCACCAUCUCCAGCACCUCGCGUUCGUUCCAACGCGGCACUGAGCCUCUCUCUGUCUCGCGCGCGCGCGCCCGCGAGCAUGAUCCAUGGCUGGGCUUUGGUGGUUUUGAUUUGAUUCAUCACAAUUCCUAGCAACACUCUUCUUCUUCUCCUCUGGAUCGAUCGAUCGAUCGAGAGAGAGGGCCAAGAACGAAACAGGGAGCGAUCGACCGAUCCAAAGAACACAAUGUAAAGGACGAGCAAGGAAAGAAUCACUGUGGUUUUUUUUUCUCUCUUUAUUUUCCAAAGCAAUGUAGUGUACUUACAGUGCUGGUACCUACUUUUGAAAGAAUAGAAACAGGGGAGAUCCAAGAA